AUGCCACAUUGCUACCAGUGCCUCACCAGCCAGACGCUGUCAAGGACGAAGAUCCACCUCAUCCACAUGACCGAAUAUGCAAAGAGAGGAAGGCUUGAUGUUGGCCAGACGCGAGAACUGCCUUGUACAGUGCUCCAGCAAUGUCCAACAAACCUCUUGGGCAGGCAAGAGGUGAGUUCAGAUAUGGCUAUUCAGCGGAAUGCCACCGGCAAGCCAUCAACUGGAAUCAAGAUCUGUACAGGCCCGUCUUUUCCUGCCAUUGCUUUGUUCUGGCUCCGGAUGUUCGAAGUGCUGUCCUAUGGUGGUGAUGGCUGCCGGGCGCUGUACCGUGCAGCGUCGUGUCCGCUGAAGUCGAGCAGCCGAAAUCCGAUAACGGGCCAGGCUCAGGAUGAGAACCGAACGCCUCGGCGGCCAACGGAGCAUGUGCAAAAAGCAAGGGAGAAGGCCGGCAAAGGCGUCAAGUCUUUGACCAACCACCAUGAUCUCGAAGCUGAGGCUCGUCAAUCGCGCGAAAGCCGCCUCAAUACGGACGCGCAGUUUGCCAGUCUCUGCAAAGCCGGAGCAGAACUUGGAGUUCGGAGGGCGGCAGAGGUGUCUAAGAUCAAGGCCACACAGUUUAGAGGCCUCUCCGUCAAUGUUGCAAAUGCACUCAGGUGGGAUGAUUGA